AUUGCCAUCUCCAACUUCUCUCUCUAGAAUCAUUUACAGAAGAAGAUGAAGAAGAAAUCAAGUAAAAUGCCAAAAUAUACACUACUUGUGAUUAUGGUAUAGUGUUUGAAGCCUUGGAUUCUCUAGAUGGCCAGUGGAGGAAGCGUUGAUGUGCUGUGGGCUCGUUUAAUGUCUUUUAUGGAUCAAAGAGAAAGCCCUAGUGGUUGGGGGAAACAUAAUGAGAAUUAGGAAUUGGUUGAAAAGAAGAACAAGUAGAAGAAGAAGCAACAGUUCAAGUGGGAAACUGUAUAUGAUGAUGAAUUGCAUUUGUUCUGGAGAACAAAUGAGGUUAGAAGAUCGAAUCCCAUCUUCCGAGUCUCUAGCAACCCGAGAUUAUUCUGCAAGCGGUUUCUCUUCUCGAGCUGGAGAGGCUGAUGAUACUAAGGCAGACACCAGCAACAUCGAAGAGGCGGAAUCUUCACUUCGUGAGAGUGGAUUUCUGAACUAUGAGGAAGCAAGAGCACUGUUAGGGCGUCUGGAGUAUCAAAAAGGGAAUGUAGAAGCUGCUCUUCAUGUAUUUGAAGGGAUAGACAUUGUUGCCGUCACUCCCAGGAUUAAGGCUUCCUUAUCCAGAAGAUCUGAGCUCCCUAAACGCCAUUCUUAUAGUGAUUACUCAUCAACCAUGUCUCUUCAUGCUGUCAGCUUACUGUUUGAGGCAAUACUUCUCAAAUCCCAAUCUUUGCACGCACUUGGGAGGUUUAGAGAAGCUGCUCAAUCAUGUAAAGUAAUAUUGGAUACGGUUGAAUCAGCAUUACCCGAAGGAUUACCAGAAAAGUUCGGGUCUGAAUCGAAACUGCAGGAAAUCUUGAAUAAGGCGGUUGAACUGUUUCCCGAGCUUUGGAAACUCGCGUCUGAUCCUCAGGAAGCAAUAUUGGCUUACAGAAAGGCUCUGCUCUAUCAUUGGGACCUCGAUAUCGAAACAAGAGCUAGAAUCGAGAAAGAGUUUGCUAUUUUUCUUCUCUACAGUGGAAGCGAUGCUGCCCCUCCAACGCUCCAAUCCCAAACUGAAGGCUCCUUCAUACCAAGAAACAAUAUAGAAGAGUCGGUCCUCCUUCUAUUGAUUCUCCUCAGAAAGUUCACUCUCGGAAAGAUCGAAUGGGACUCGUCUUUGCUCGACCAUCUUUGCUUCGCACUCUCUAUCGGAGGCGACAUGAUGGCUUUCGCCCGUUGUGUUGAAGAAUUGCCUCCCGGGAUAAUGGAAAGAAAGGAAAACUACAACACUCUAGCUUUGAGUUAUUACGCCCAAGGUGAUAACGCUGCAGCUUUAAAUUUGUUGCGGAAUUUUCUGAAAGAUAGAGAAAACUCCGAUCCCAACUUCGAGCUAUUGCUGGCUUCAAAGAUUUGUUUGGAGAAUCAAACUCACCACCCGGAAGAAGGAAUCCGUUAUCUACGCUCGUUGAACUCCAAAUCGGGCUUAAGGUGCGAUCAACUGAUCGGCAGUUCAAAACUGUUAUUGGGUCGUUCGCUCGCGGCUCAGUCUAGGAAAAUUCUUUCGGAUUCCGAAAGGGUUAUUAGACAUUCAGAGGCCCUCGAAGUGUUGGAAAUUGCAAAUGAGGUGAAUGGAGGUAUAGAACCGGAUGUGUUGUAUCAUCUUAGUCUAGAGAAUGCAGAGCAAAGAAAAUUGGACGCUGCACUCUAUUAUGGAAAGCGGCUGUUAAAGGUGGAGGCUGGUUCGAGUAUGAAAACGUGGAUACAUCUGGCUCGUGUAUUGUCUGCUCAGAAACGGUUUGUUGAUGCUGAGAAUGUGAUUAAUGCGGCUUUAGAUGAGACUGGGAAAUGGGAACAAGGGGCACUUCUGAGAACUAAAGCUAAAUUGCAGAUUGCUCAGGGACACAUGAAGAAUGCAAUCGAGACGUAUACUCGCCUUCUUGCGGUUCUUCAAGUUCAGCGUAAAAGCUUCGGGCUUCAUAAGAAGAAUGUAAAGGGUUGGGGACAAACCGAUAAAAGCUUGGAAAUGGAAACAUGGCACGAUCUGGCUGACGUUUACACAAGCCUAUCGCAGUGGAGGGAUGCCGAGACAUGUCUUCUGAAGUCGAAAGCCAUUAAUCCUCAUUCUGCUUCUCGAUGGCAUUCCACCGGAUUACAUUACAAGGCGAAAGGGGAGAACAAAGAAGCGCUCAAUUCAUUUGGGAAGGCAUUGGAUGUGGAACCGAAUCACGUUCCAAGCUUGAUCUCAAUGGCGAUUGUUCUAAGAGAGCUAAAUGAGCGAUCUUUGCCUGUUGCAAGAAGCUUCUUGACGGAUGCAUUACGUCUUGACAGAACAAAUCCAUUGGCUUGGUAUAAUUUGGGGAUGCUGUACAAAACGGAAGCCGGUGAAUUGACAUUGGAAGCUGCAGAAUGCUUUGAGGCUGCUACCUUUCUUCAAGACUCCGCCCCUGUCGAGCCAUUUCGAUAAAGAAAGGUUUUAAAAAAGAAGGAAAUUAUGUACAUUUUUAUGUGUAACAGCUGCUGGAUUAGUAGUUUCUGAUGGAGUCUGAUAAUAAAUAAUAUUUCAUUUGAAUUGAGUGAAGGAUUGAUUCC